GGUAGAAGCAGAGCGAGGCGGAGGAGGAGGGAGAAAGAGGUGGAGAGGGUAGUAGAACAAAAGUUUGGAAUUUGGUUUCAUAGUUUUUUCUUACUUUUUUUUUAAGUAGUGAAAAGAGAAACACGGAAGGCGAAAGAAUCAUCAGAAUCUGAAGCCAGAACUCCACCGUUAUCAUGAUCCUGGAAAGAAACUUAAGUUAAAUUAAGAUGGGAGGCGGAAUGAAAAAAACCCGGGACGGCAAGCCGUAAGGCGGAAUAAGUGAACUUCAUGUUUUUAUUGCUUAACUAAAAUACAUUAUUCGAUAUUUUGAUUUUGGAGAUAGACGCGGAGUUUGAACGUAAAGAAAAAACACUGCGGAAGCGAGUCGUCGUUUGUUUUGCCAAAGUCAUGUGGUGCCUGGCUAUGAAAUGGUGAUGGACCAGGACACACACUGGCUGUACCAACUGCUGGCAGACGUCCAGUUGGAGCGGUUCUACCUCCGUGUGCGGGACGGUCUGAAUGUGACCCGGAUAGAACACUUUGCCUAUGUGAAGGAUGCUGACCUUGAGCAGAUUGGCAUCGGGAAACCUGGUCAGAGGAGACUAUGGGAUGCAAUCAAACGGCACAAAGUCACCACACGCCCAAAAUCAUGGAUGUCGAAGGUCUUCAGUGGGCGUUUCCCAGAGGGAAGUGACCAAUGGAGUGGGAUGGGGACAGGACAGGGGCAAGAGACAGGGCGGUCCCCCACCUGUCUUAUCCAGGACACAGAUCUGUUACUGGGGGAGAAACUGGGCUCUGGGUCUUUUGGAGUGGUACUGAAAGGGGUGUGGCAGACCCCAACUGGACGUGUGCUGCCAGUGGCAGUGAAGUCUCUGAGAAGCAGACAGACAGACUCACUCACAGAUUUUCUCCAGGAGGUGAACACCAUGCAGUCUCUGGACCACCCCAACAUUAUCCGUCUUUACGGAGUGGUGCUCACACAGCCCCUCAAGAUGGUGACAGAGCUGGCAGCGCUGGGCUCCCUGUACGACACCCUGCGCGCUCGCCAGAACGAGUACCCGCUGUUCCGCCUCUGGCUCUUCUGCACCCAGAUCACGGCAGGGAUGGAGUACCUGGAGGGGCGGCGCUUCAUUCACCGGGACCUGGCGGCGCGGAACGUGCUGCUGGCCUCCCGCGAGCUGGUCAAGAUCGGAGACUUCGGCCUGAUGCGAGGCCUGAGCCAGGACACGGACCACUAUGUCAUGAACGCACACAGGCGCAUCCCUUUUGCUUGGUGUGCCCCUGAAAGUCUGCGCGUAGGCUCCUUCUCCCACGCUUCUGAUGUGUGGAUGUUUGGGGUUACUAUGUGGGAGAUGUUCACGUACUGUAUGGAACCCUGGCUUGGGAUGUCUGGUCGACAGAUUCUCUUUCGUGUGGAGCGAGAGGGGGAGCGUUUGGAAAGACCGCUGGACUGUCCCCAGGAGCUGUACACUGUGAUGCGCCGGUGCUGGGCCUGCAGCCCGUCUGACCGGCCCUCCUUCUCCCAGCUCACCACAAUGGUGGCAGAGGCCCGGCCAAUGGAGGUUCGUGCCUUGAGGGACUUUUCUGAACCACGAAAACUGCCCUUACAGACCAAUGACAUGGUGACUGUCGUAGAUCAUGGUCUGGAGCUGUCUGAAUGGAGAGGCCAGAAUCAUAAGACUCUGUGUGUGGGCUUGUUUCCUGCCAGCAUAGCUGCCCCCUUGAUUCCCACCCCUGCCCCUGCUCCUGCCCCCGCCCCUGCUCCUACCCCUGGCUUUAUCUCUGUUCCCUUGAGGGACAGUCUGCAGCACAUGGGUCAUGGAGAUGUCCACCCAGACCGCUGCUGGGGGAUGCCUGGACGUCUGGAUGAGACUGCAAACUGGAGGAGUGCAGGAGUGCCCAGAGAGAAGGAGAGUUCCAACCUACAGAGAAUGGCAGGCAUUUCUCGAAGUUUGGAGUCAGUUCUUGGUGGGGCCCAGCACGGGGGUCAGGGUGGAUGGGGCAGGAUGGAGAACAGAAGACCUGGUCCCAAACCCCCAUCCCACCCGUUCCAGGACCCAAGGAGGCUUAGCGACGCAGGCUGUGGGCCACCUCCCCGCCCACCCCCGCCCAACAUCAAACGCCCAAAGCCCUUGGUGCAAAUCCGGGAGCGCAAGCCUAAUGUAAAUUCAGGCCCCGGCAUGUGGCCUCCACAGCAGCAGCAACCACCUCAGCAGCAGACUAUGGGGGUUAGCAACCUGACCAAGAUGGCCCACAUGGCCCGAUCCACCCCCCAGCUGGAUGAUUUUGGAGAGAAGGAGAAGGACAGGGAGAGAGAGAGAGACAGAGAGAAGGAGAGGGAGAGGGAGAGGGAGAGAUACCCACCUCAUGUGCAGAAUGAAAAGGCAGCGCUGAUAGCACAGGUUCAGGAGGCGGUACAUGGAGUGACCAUUGAGGAGGUUCGGAAUGCUCUUCGCCGUAAUGACUGGAACCCAUUGAGGGCUGAGCAGCAGCUAAAGACAGAGCAGCUGUACUUCAUGAGCAUGUGUUCCCGAGAAGACUGUAUUCGCAUCCUCUCUCGGCACCAGUGGGACCUACAGCAGGCCAGCCGCUACUUGCUCAGACUGGCACGGGAGGGAGACCGAGGAGGAGGAGGAGGAGGAGAAAGGGAGGGACUGGCUGGCACCGACAGGCACUGAGUUUGAAGGGGGCAGGAAGCGAGCAGAAACGUGGAAGAUUUCAAAUGUGUGAAGAGGGUUGAUGACGGCAAGACAGCCUGCUAAGCACUGUGGAACGAGAGGUGGACCAGCAAGAGACCUGUGAACAACAGAUACACACUGUCACACACCGGGAAGUAGCACAUGACCUGACCAGUUUAAUUCUACGUGCAUUACUAGCAGGAUGGACACCCUCUCAAUUUCUCUUAACGCUCAAAAUUCUUGUCCAGUGCCACAGCACUCACCGAUAAUUGAACUGAGAUGGGGCAGCGGUGUACCGCACAUGCCAAUGGUAGAGCUUUACACGCCACUUUAACCUCUUCCACAGGUCCAGGAAAUGCACAUCUACACACCCUUAACUGAGCAGGUGACAUGCAAAGUUGCAAUUGCAUAUACAAAACACAGAAAAUCUCUCUUGCUAUUGAAGGCGUGUGCAGAAUGUCGUAUGAAAUGGAUCAAAUGUAGUCCUGUGACAUUGUACACACUGUCACACACUACACAUGAAUGGACAUAUGACGGAAUUGCAAAUUAAUCUUCUAAUGGAGAUACGAAAUUACAUCAUAGUGUUUGCAUUUUACAAACAUGCUGUUAUUCACAGCUCUUAAUUUGCAGACUAUGGAAGGCAAAACAUUUUCUGUUGGCCUUUUUUUUAGAAUAAAAUGACAAAAUAAAAUCUGUUUUCAGUAAUAAUGUUCUUGAAUAAAUCAGAUGUACAUAUGGGACAUUUCUAUUUGGUGAAUAAAACACUGGUAUUAAAUCAGACUGAAUGGAUUUGAAGAGGUGUGGAUAUUGAUAGGCCACUGUUUGAAAGUGAGACUGACAAAAACAAUGUAAUUGGGAAUGGAUCAUCAUGUUGUGUAUCUGUGUGUGUUUUGGAGGAGGGUCAGGGAGCUCCAGUAGUGAGCUCAAAUUAUUUUACAUACCCUUUAUUGCUGACUCUGCAUUUCACAUUUAAGUUCAUGUCUAUGCUUGUUGAGGAAGUGAACACAAUGGGGAAUCUAAGUACCUGUUUUUUGCUAUGAAUAGAGCAUACUAACGAUGAUUCAUUUUGGUCACAUUUAGUGAAACAUCACUCCUGGUCUACCUGAAAUAUUCAGAUCACCCUCUGUGGAAGGAUUUUCACAUUUAUAUUCUUGAAAAUCUUUUUAUUCCCAUUUUUAAAUAAGUUAAAGGUUAUUACAUAGCAUUACAAUCACUCAGCACAGGAUCCAGAGUAACUUAUUCAUAAUGAAAAUAUCAGCGUUAAUCUCAGUGCAAAAGUCCAAUAUUUCCAAAAUGUCACAGGAGAUACUUUUAAAAUCAACCCAUCCAUCCAUUAUCUAUACCCGCUUAUUCCUGGUCAGGGUCAAAGGAGGUGCUGGAGCAUAUCCCAACAUGCACUGGGCAGGAAUACACCUUGGAGAGCUUGUCAGUCCAUCGCAGGACCAUCCUGAAAGGACAUAAAUUAAAGCAAAAAAGAGGGGGGGUGGUCAGGGGAGCCAUGGUACAAUCUUAGGCGGGUUUAUCAGACUCUGUGAGACAGGUUAUUGUAUCCUGACUGUAAUGGCAACCUCUAUAUACCACCAGGGGGCCAGAACAGACAGCCGUGGACUGAAAGUGCAGGUUGGGGUACAACCUGGGUACAACAUCCCGACAACAUCAGAUUUUAGGAUUAACGAGUGUGUUUACCAGGUUCCCAAGCAACGAGCUUUCUCUCGCUAAACGGGUUUCCCAAACACCAUCGUUAGACUGACUUAAGAGGAACUUAAAGAGCUUCUUUGCAAAGUGCGUUACUGCUAAAGCAUGAGUAGUUGAUAAAUCAAUGCCAUGAGUUUGUGCGUGACUCGUUUGUAGCCAAUCAACACUGAAAAAUGAAGUGCUCAAAAUGUGAGAAUGUAUCAUGUUAUCAUUAAAUUAUCGCUAUUUUGAUUCUUAGCGUCUGCCAAAUAAAAUGUAAUUUAAUAAUAAAUAAUUUAUACCCCUGUA